GUCUGUUAGAUGCACUUGGAUUACCGGCCAGUGAGCUGUCAAACUAAACUGCCUUACCCAGCCAGCAUCUUGCUUUUUACGCGCGGUAAUAAAGCACACAGACGCGCGUCUGUAGGCAACGUCCGUUUUAGUUUUUAUUGUGCUAAUAAAAGUAUAUCCGCUGCAACGACCCUUAUUUGACAGACGGAUCGGCCUAAGUGAGUGGCAGUUGAUUGAUUUUUAUUGUGAUAUUUUUUUUUACAUCCAUGGAUGGAGAGAAAAAAAUAAACUUGUGAAUUGAGGUGAUAUUUAAUAGGAGCCGGGCACGAUGCGAAUCAGUUUCCGAGGACGCUUGGUCAGCGCAGAGCUCUGCUGAACGACUGCAUUGAUUUUGUGGAUUUCCUUCUAUUUACUAUCAGAUUAUUCUGGAAGGAGGCAACUAUGAACUUCAUCAGCAUCCUUUGGUUCCUGAUGCCAUUGAUGGGGCAGAGCAGGGCGUCAGCCAACGACGAUCCUGCCCCAGACGCCUCAGACGGGCCUGGGUGGGGGAACCUAGAGGAGGGCCAAGGCCAUGCAGAGAGCCAGGGUCAACAGCGCUGUCUCCAGUCGGCCAAUGAAGAGCGACCGUCCAAGCCCACCGGUGUGUACUGCAGCAGCAUGUGGGACGGCUUGCUCUGCUGGGAAGAGAGUCCUGCUGGAACGUAUUUGACAAAGAACUGCCCAGCGCCCCCUGACAUGGACCCUACUGGUAAAGUGACCAAAUAUUGUGACAAAUGGGGUAAUUGGGUCCAGAGUCCCUCCAUUAAUAACGGCCGGUCCAACUGUCAUCCAAUGUCCAAGAACAAAUUAAAGGAUCCAGCUGACCAGAUGUUGAGCGACGAGGCAGCAGAGCCCAUUGCUGAGCCCACCGUCAGACCAGCAGCCGACCCAGAACAACUGAUCCAGGAGGCCAAGUUCAAAUGCUUUGAGAGGAUGGAACAAGAGUCCUCCUAUGACAAACCAGGCGCAUACUGUGGCCGUAACUGGGAUGGCUGGCUCUGCUGGGACGAUACCCCAGCAGGACUGCACAGCACUCAGACCUGUCCCGGCUACUUUCUGACCUCUGACCCCACAGAAAAUGCAACUAGGUAUUGUGGUGAGGACGGGCAGUGGUUCCGCCAAACUGGGACCAAACGGUUCUGGUCAGACUACACGCGGUGCAGCGCUCAGGCACCACUUCACAAGAAUGAAUACAGACCUGCCACCGAAAUGAUCGUGGAUGCUGACUACGCAUGUUUCAAGAAAAUGAAACAAGAUCCACCCUACAGCAGGCCAGGAGAGUUCUGUGGUCGUACCUGGGAUGGUUGGCUGUGCUGGGACGACACUCCAGCAGAGACACACAGCUCACAGCUCUGUCCCGCGUACUUUACCGACUUCAACGCCUCCGAAAAGGCAACAAAAGACUGCGGCGAAAACGGCCAGUGGUUCAGGGAUCCGCAGAGCAACAGGGUUUGGACCAACUAUACGCUCUGUGAUGCUAAGACCACCAGGCCAGAGCUGGAGGCUGUGGAGCCCAGCGCUGAUCCCCGGGCGGGCCGGGUGGCCGACACGGAGGAGGAGGGCCGCAUCAGGAAGAUGAUCCUGGACGGACAGUAUAAAUGCUUCGAGAAGAUGAACCGCGACCCGGCUUACAACAAAACUGGCCACUUCUGCAGCCGUAACUGGGAUGGCCGGCUUUGCUGGGACGAUACUCCAGCGGGGACGUUCAGUGCCCAGUUCUGUCCGAGCUACUUCAUCGACUUCGACCCGACCGAAAAGGCAACGAAAGACUGCGGCGAAAACGGCCAGUGGUUCAGGAAUCCGCAGAGCAACAGGGUUUGGACCAACUAUACGCUCUGUAAUGCUAAGACCACCAGGCCAGAGCUGGAGGCUGUGGAGCCCAGCGCUGAUCCCCGGGAGGGCCGGGUGGCCGACACGGAGGAGGAGGGCCGCAUCAGGAAGAUGAUCCUGGACGGACAGUAUAAAUGCUUUGAGAAGAUGAACCGCGACCCGGCUUACAACCAAACUGGCCACUUCUGUAGCCGUAACUGGGAUGGCUGGCUUUGCUGGGACGAUACUCCAGCGGGGACGUCCAGUGCCCAGUUCUGUCCGAGCUACUUCAUCGACUUCGACCCGACCGAGAAGGCCACCAAGUACUGCGGGGAGAAGGGUCAGUGGUUUCGCCAUCCGGACACCAACAGGACCUGGUCUAACUACACCGCGUGCAACGCCAACACCAAGGAGAAGCUGAAGUCGGUCUUCAUCCUGUACUACAUGGCCAUCGUGGGCCACGCCCUGUCCAUCGCCUCGCUCCUCAUCUCCCUCGCCAUCUUCUUCUAUUUCAGGAGCCUGAGCUGCCAGAGGAUCACCCUUCACAAGAACCUGUUCUGGUCCUACGUGCUGAACUCUGCCAUCACCCUCAUCUACCUCAUCGCCGUGGUCAACAAUCCUGACUUAGUGGGCCAAAAUCCAGUUGGAUGCAAGGUGCUCCACUUCUUCCACAUGUACAUGCUGGGCUGCAACUACUUCUGGAUGCUGUGCGAGGGCAUCUACCUGCACACGCUCAUCGUGGUGGCCGUGUUCGCUGAGGAGCAGCACCUGCACUGGUACUACCUGCUGGGCUGGGGGUUCCCCUUAGUGCCGGCUUGUAUCCACGCAGUGGCUAGGAAGCAGUAUUUUGACGACAACUGUUGGAUGAGUGUGGAAACCAAUCUGCUCUAUGUGGUACACGGGCCCAUUAUGGCAGCUCUCCUGGUAAACCUGUUCUUCCUGCUGAACAUUGUGCGGGUGCUGGUGACCAAGCUCAGGGACACCCACCGCGCGGAGACCAACAUGUACAUGAAGGCGGUGCGGGCAACCCUGAUCCUGGUGCCUCUGCUGGGCAUCCAGUUCGUCAUCUUCCCCUGGAGGCCCGAGAACCGGCUGGUGGGGGAGGUGUACGACUACUUCAUGCACAUCCUCAUGCACUACCAGGGCUUACUGGUGGCCACAAUAUUCUGCUUCUUCAACGGAGAGGUGCAGGGAACUCUGAAGCGCCAGUGGAUGCAGUACAAGACCCAGUGGGGCCAGCGGAGACGGGACCACUGCUCCAUGCGCUCCACCUCCUACACGGCCACCUCCAUCACCGAGGUGCCCGCCUUCAUGUACCACCACGAGUGCAACAGCGAACACUUGAACGGCCGCAACUCGGAGGACAGCGAGCUGGUGGCGCUCAAGACGGGCGAGACGUACGCGUGAGACGGUGGAGGAGGAGCGGAGCAGGAGCAGGAGCGAGGAGCGAGGAGCGUCGGGAUCCGAGGAGGAGGAGCACCGAGGAGGAGGGCGGGGUGUUUGUGAUGUCACUGAUGCGAAAGGACCAACUUUUAAAGAAAAAGAACCGGACUCGGUUGUUGUUCAACAUGUCUACAGUAAGUGAUCCCCGAUCCAAGGGGGCUGAGACUGGUCAGGUCCAGUUUGGACUGGUCUGGUUUGGACUGGUCUGGUUUGGUCUGGUCUGCUCUGGUUUGGAAAGGUCUGGUCUAGUUUUGACUGGUCUGCUCUGGACUGGACUGGUCUGAUCUCAUUUGAACAGGUCUGUUCUGGUUUGGACUGGUCCGGUCUGGUUUGGACUGGUCCGGUCUAGUUUGGACUGGUCUGCUCUGGUUUAGACUGGUCCGGUCUGGUUUGGACUGGUCCGGUCUGGUUUGGACUGGUCCGGUCCGGUUUGGUCUGGUCUGGUUAGACAGAUCUGAUUCAGACUGGUCUACUAUGCUCUGCAACAUUGAGUGUGAUUUGAAAGAGGAGAUAAGCUAAACCGCUACAUGGCGAAUGAGUCUUUUUCAACGUGAUGCUGCUAAUGUCAUGGUGGGCUCUCUUCACCCCACAUUCCUGUGCGACAUAGGACUUAGAGCUCCUUUUAGCUGCUAAACCAUGUGAACUGUGAGCUCAUGGUUUCAGGGACCAGGUGGUGUGACGGACAAGCAAAAAAACUGUGACUCUGAGUGUAGCAGGGUUGAGGUUUUAUGUGGUGACGUGCUAAUGGUGGGGUUUUGGUACUAGCGUGCUAUGAAUGACAUGAUAUGAAUUAAUACUGUGAUGUGGAAUGAAUUGAAUGACAUAGAUGCAGAGGAUAGCCACGAGGAUGAGUAUGAUGAGGACAACGAUAAUAAGGAUAGUGUGUGGCUUAACCUAUCUUCACCGAUACCAAAGGGUAUGCUGGCGACAGGGAUGAAAGAACAGAGUUUGUCUUAAUGAAGCUGGAAGGAAACACACUCACGUGCACACAUACAUACACACGAACACACACAGAAAUAAUAUGUGCCAUUGAGGUUCAAAUAUCAAAAGGUCUACUGUGCCUGAAGCUCUGGAAUCGUGUACAUAACUUCAAGAAGUCCAGUGUCAAGAAAUGUUUUCAUUGGUUCUAUCAUCAUUAUUAUUGUCAUGAUUUUUGAUUUUUCUGUCAAUCUAAUUACCUGCUGACUGUCUGUCCCGUGUAGCUUGGGUUUUAUUACAGUUGCUGUCUUACUGUGUGGUUACAGGGCACCACUGGGCUGGGAGUUUUUUUAGAAUAGAGAUGCUAAAUAUAUUAAACUAUGAAUAAAUGUUUUAAAAUAUAUCUAUUUUUUAUUAUUAUUAUUAAUUGAACGCUAACCAUGUUAUUUCACUGCUUAUCGCUGUAGGGGUAAAAGAAUCCCAUGAAGACUCAUUGACAUAACGCAUCUUAUUGUUUACCAUGCAAACCGUGACCUAAUUGCCAUGCUCAUUCUCAUGGAACAAUCUUGUUUACAUUUCCUGCACAAUCUAGCUAAUGUUUUAUUUUGGUCUCAAUGUCAAAAUGAUUAAAUGAUUCCAAUUUCAUGAUACCGAUUUAACAAUGAUACUGAGAAAGAGAGAUGAGCGAUAAUGUGAAUUAAAAUAGGCAGACAAAGCAGCGCCCUAGAGUAAACAUCUGAUAAAGAACCAGGUGGAUCAUAUCUAGUUUAUUUUUGUGCACAGCAAGACAAAUAACAUAAAAAUACAUGAUUUACGCUCAUUUUGUGUUUUUUGAGUUAAGAUAAUUCUUUAAACACCACCAUCAAUAUCCCAUUUUGCUAUUCUGACAAUCAAACCCAGUUCUCUCAUAAACCUUAAAAUCAAAUUGUUUGGGUUACUGUUUCCCGUGACCACGAGCCAUCGAAUGACGCGCGUACACAGAGGGCCCUACCGUUGACAGGCCUGUUAUCUGUAGCCAGGAACAUUCCCAUGACCAGUGUUGACUAGCCUUCUUUAUUUAGUUUUUUGUAGAGUCAUAAGAAGGACGAGAGCAAAACACAACCAAGCAGAGCUCAAGGGAGGCGUUCUGCCGGGCUUCUGGAGCCCUUGAGAGGCUGAGGGAUGGACCACAGGGGAAGGGGAGAAGCUAGGGCUGCUGGGGCGCCUCCAUCCUUCAUGGAAUAUUCUUUCGCUGGUUUAAACCCUGCAAGUGAGUCAUCACAGGGGCGCUUAUCUGCAAGGUCGUAUGGAUCGGCUACCCUCCGAACGGAGACUAAAGACGUUCCUUUACAGGUCCCCCCGGGUUGUGGCAUCAUGAGCAAACGUUUGAACGGAACAAUAACCUAUAUAGAUGCUAUGUGCAAUCUCUUACGACAUCCGAAAAGUCCGGAAAACACAAAAUCAAUAAGGGAAAGUUAACCGAAUAAGAUAAAGGAAUGAAAGAAAAAAAGACAAAGAUAACAUAGAAAUCGCAGUCCUGCAAAUAGACAGUGAGCCAUGAAUGAACUCAAAGAACAUUUAUUUCUAAACCAACCAACCAUCGUAGCAGUAUUUUUAUAUUGUUGUUUACACAUUGGGAGCUUAUGCGUCACUCUGAGUCUCUUUUCUUACAGAAUGGAAGUUACUCGUAAAAUGAUGUUGCUUGUUCUGGCUUUCUACUCUACCGCGAAUUGCCACCAAGACCAUUAAACCUGGGAUGGCAUCACCCACUAUGUCCCUCGUCAUAGUUCUUCUCCAGCUAAAUCAAUUCUAGUCUAUGCUGUGGUUAUCUAUUGGACAGCUCUGUUGCUAUAAUGCUAGUUUGCAGGGGUUGCAUUGGUCAGACACACAAAACAAAGGUCUCAUCUUAUCAUUACAUUAUGUGACUCACAAAUAUCUAGAUGUAUAUUCCUAUCAACAUCUCGUUUACAAAGAUUGCAGAGGGAAAACAUGACCUCAGAACUUAAGAGAGAGAGAAGCUGGGAGGGAGAGAGACAGAGAUGCAGAGAGAGAAGGAUAAAGCAAGAGACAGAGAGAGAACUAAUUGAAAGCAAGAAUAAAUAUAUGUAAAGAUAAAGAUUUAUUUAUUCCGAUGUGUUAAAUUUUUUCAAUCCUUUUACAAUGCAAAUGUUUGUCGUCAAUGUCAUAAAUAUCUUGAAUUUGAACAUGAAGAGAGAUAGAAAAUAGGGAUCACAAGAAAAAACAUCAAGUUGCCAAAAAGUGUUUCUUUCAGCAGCAAUGGGAAA